UCAACUUACACCUGCCAUCAACAUGUCCUACGGCUGCUAUUCUGGAAACUUCUCUUCCCGCUCCAGUGGAGACCACCUGAGCUACCCUCACUCCUCUUGUGGCUCUUCCUAUCCCAGUCACCUACUCCAGAGCACUCGCUUCUGCCCCUCCAGAACCUGCCAUCAGGGCUCCUCUCUCCACAGUGGCUGUCAGCCGAACUGCUUCCAGCCCAUCAGAUGCCAGACUUCCCAUGUGGUGCACAGCUCCUGCCAGAGGCCCUGCUACAGCCCCAGAGUCUCCAGUGUCUGCAGUCCCUGCAGAACCACAUAUGCUGGCUCUCAGAGCUUUGGAUCCAGCAGCUGCCAGUCUCUGGGUUAUGGGUCUAGAAGCUCUUACUCUCAGAGCUGUGGGUCCAGUGGCUUUAGACCCCAAGGGGUCUCUUCUCUGGGCUAUGGAUCUGGAUUCUGCCACCCAUCCUAUGUGCCCUAUAGAACCUGUCAGUCUCCUUGCUACAGACCAAGCUGUGGUACUGGAUGUGGAUUCUACUGAUCUUUUUAACUUCCAGUCUUGUUGACCACUAUCACCCGCUCCUGGGUCCCUGGCCUUUGUUGUCUUCCUUGGGCUGGGAAGAAUUGCUCUCUCAUUCCCUGACUGCCAAUUCUUCACUUUCUCUCUGACCUCAGAUAUUGGCUUGUGGGUGUCCUUUGAGAACUUUGUAAUUAAUCUCCUAACUCAAAAAUAAAGCCUGCAUUGCAAAUGAAA